AUGACCUGGGUCCUCGGCGAUGGCCCGUACAAGGGCAGACCCUCCCAUUUGCUGACGGAGAUGAAUAAUAUUCUGCGAGGAAAUGGUAAUGACAGACUGGCUAAUGUGAAGCUAACAGACGUUGAGGUGGAUCCAUAUUGUGGCGAUGCGAUUGUCCAUGCGUCAGAAGAAGAUGUGGACCUGCUCGUCAGUCUAUCACAUUUGUGGGUGGAUCCGCUGGAACGUGUCGGAGAAAUCGAAUUGCAGUCCAAGUCUGGCGUCGUCAAAAAGACCAGCAAGCACCAAAAAGAUCACACACCAGCCAGCGCCAAUGCCGUCUUCAGGAUCCGCUGGCAUUGCGCCGAUCCGCCAUUCAGUGGAUAUGAAGGCCGAGGCAUCACGCGCACGCACAUUUGGGAAAUGCUUCACAAAGCGCUCGAACAGUCUGGCAGCCCCUCUUUAGCAGCUAUCUCUUUUGACGGAGUCGAUGUUAAGUGGAACUCUGGAGACGUUGACGUGACCAGCACACACAGAGACCGUGAUCGUGCUGUAAAAUAUGCCCAUCUAUGGUUUCUUUACUUAGACCAAGGCGAAGCUGCUGUGAUACCGGGGAUCUACGCUCCGCAGUCUCAGACAGCAGGCAAGGAACCCGGUAGGAGAAAGUCAGAUGCAUCCAAACGAAAUCUCGAAGACCCUUCAGGCUCGCAGACCAACCUGUCGCGCUCACUUUCCAAGAGCGCGAGACGCAAACGCCAGAAGAUCCGCAGUCAGCAACGAAAGCAAGAAGAAGAAGAGAACCAGGCGCCAUACAUGCAGGCGGUCGCGUCGAGACAGGCUAUGUAA